GAUCGAGUGAGGAUUAUGUAAUCAACCCAAGUUCAAUCCCUUUGAAUUCAAAAACUUUCAAUUUUCAACUUCAACUUGACCUAAAAACCAAAAAACCAAAAAAGUUCUCUCAAAAGGAAAUCAACCAGAACCAUCAUGUCAAGUAAAUAUACUAUUGCUGGUUCUAUCAGUACUCCUCAAUCAGAUUCAUUAACCGAAAAAGAAAAAAUGUUAUCAGGUCAACCAUAUUUAGCAGUCAGUGAUGUUCAAUUAGUUAAAGAUAGAUUACGUGCCCGAAAUCUUUUACAACGUUAUAAUCAAUUUCCAUGGUCAUCAAAUGAAGUAGAUGAUCCUGAACCCGAUUACUUUGGACCAGAUGAAAGAAGAGUUUAUUUGGCUGAAUUGUUUGGAAUCCAAUUAGAUGAUAUUAAAAAUAAACCUAUUGAGAUCGAACCUCCGUUUUAUUGUGAUUAUGGUACUAAUAUCACUUUCAAAGGUCCUUUUUACUCAAACUUCAAUUGUCACAUUUUGGAUUGUGCGGCUGUCACUUUCGGUAGUCGAGUGAUUGUAGGACCCAAUGUUCAAAUAUAUGCCGGUACUCACUCUACCGACGUAGCUGAACGUAAACAAGGCUUAGAGAGAGCUUAUCCUGUGACUGUAGGAGAUGACGUGUGGAUCGGUGGUGGUGCUAUCAUACUAGGACCCUGCACGAUCGGUAAUGGUACAACAAUUGCCGCUGGAGCAGUGGUCAGAGGUCAUGUGCCAGCAAACGUGUUGAUGGGAGGAAUCCCAGCUAGGAUCUUAAAGCGAUUAGAAUCUAAACCGAAAGAUCGAUCGAAUCCGAAUUUUUCUCAACCAAAACAAUCUAGACCUAGUCGUCCAUCUUCUCGUAAUUCUAAACGAGGUGGUGGACCACCUACCGAUCGAGCUCAAAGUCCAACAGCCACUCAUUCUUCCGAGGAAGAACCGAUUGAUCCGACUACUGAGUGUUUCUUGGCUAAUAUCCCCACUCGUCUACGUCCAGUCGAACUUAAGGCUGCUUUAAGAGAAUAUGGAGCCUUACGUAGACUUACACUUGAUCGAGCUCGUCAUAUUGGAUUUGCACGUUUUAUGGAACCAGCUAGUGCAGAUGCAGCACUCGAAGCUGGUCGUGGACCGGAUGGGUUUAUUGUGAAUUUAGAAGAUGGUACAGAAGUGGUGAUUGGAAUUGAAAGAAGAAGAAGUGGAGAAGAACAAAGAUCGUUUAAUCCAGAAUUGAUUACGAAUCCGAGAUGUUAUAUUCGAACGACGUUGAAUCAUCAAGAAUUAUCAGAUGUGAAGGCUACGAUCGAACAUGAGUUUGGACCAUUGAAACAUUGGUUUGUGAGACGAGAUGAGACAGGAACAGAAGAGAGAACAGAAGUCGAACUUGAAUUUGAACAUUUGAAUGGAGCUAGAGAAGCGAUUAAGGCUAGUAGAUCAGGUGAAGGAGGACUCGGAUUAGAAUUAGCUAGUGGCAUUAGGGUCAGAGUGGAAUCUAAACGAACGUUUGGUGGACCAUUGAGAGGAGGAACAGGAGCAGGAAGAGGUGGAUAUAUGAGAGGAAGCUUUAGAGGAAGGUUUAAUAGCAGAGGUAACGGAUUUGGAGGUGGUCGAGGUGGGUUUGUUAGAGGUGGAUUUAGGAAAAGAGGAAUGUAUAGUGGAGCUGAAUAAAAAAAAAAUUAAAUUUGUGAAAAGGAAAAAGUUGAAAGAAAAACUAUGAAAAAAGUUUAGAAUUCAAAGAAAAAGUUUAGAAAUUUUUUUAAAAAAAAACCAAAUCAAAUCAAAGAAGAAGAAAACCAAAAAGCGUUUGAUGAUGAAAGGGUUUUUUUAUAUAUUUUAUUAUUGUGUUGUUUCUGUUUAAAAGUAAUUAGAUAAAAUUGAAUGAGUUUUUGAUGUGGAAACAAAAAGAGAAUGAGAAAGAGAGAGAAAAAAAGUUGUGUGUGUGUGAUUUUAAUGUUGAUGUUGAUUGGGUGUUGUGGUUUUGGUUUUUGGUUUUGGUUUGAUUCUUGAUGAUUUCAAUUUGGAAUUGAAUGCUUUUAUAAAAAAAGAAAAAGGGUUUUCUGUGAU